AUGUCAACGCACAUUGCUGUCCUCCCAAAAGAGUUCCAGGAGGCCUUGGAACGAUCUGGAUCAUCGCUGCGCCCUCUUCAACUACCCCACCCUCGAACAGGCCUUCAAGCGCUAUUCGUAUAUCAUGGAUCAACCAUGCUUGAGCUUCAUUCCGUAACCCCGGAUGCACCUCGCUCCUGGUUCGUUGGACAGUCCGUAGUUUCCAAUGGAAAUUUAAUGCUAAUGACACCCAUUGACCCCGUGUUUAUUCUAAUUCCCUUCCUUCAAACGCUCGACCCCAAAGCACCUUUUAAACCUACAGACGACUUCCUUGAAGAAGCCCUCUUGAAGUACUCUGUCCCUGAUGUCAACAAACAAGACGUAGCGUUGUUCAUGACACUAGGUUGCGCUCGACGAGCACUCAAACAGCUGUGCGAGACAAAAGGUUCAUCCCCCCGGAUAUCACUGUCCAUAAGCCAUCCCCGAACGCAUCAGGGCUUUCAUAAAACGAAGAGUGGAGAGAGUCAUAUCCGCUCAACAACCCCCAGCUCCAGAGCCCGAGUCAGCUCCACCGCCAGAACAGCCUCACCAGCCUCCAACUCGUCAACCUCGACAACAGCCCAAUCGUUCCCGGCUAUCCAACGACAGCACCUUCGACUCGGUCUUUCGGUUGAAGAACUCGGCCCCCUCGAUUGUCCCAAAGCAGAGGCCAUUCGCGCGGCCACGCGUAUCAAAAUUGCGAGCGAGAUUGUCGGGAACUGGGUAGAGGAGGGAUUGAUGGCGGAUGUGUUGGGCACAUACGAUAUAUCCGCGUAUACCGAUCACGCCGCUGUACGGGCUGAACAAGCCCGCGCCGAACUUGCGGCUGCGACGUCCCGAGCAGAAGCAGCGGAAGCAGGUAAAGGCGGGAAAUCAAAAGCAGGGGAGAAGCGAAAGGCGGGAGCACAAGCUUCUCGUGGGGUGGACAAGCUCAAAAAGGCGAAUACGAAGGGUAUGGCGACGCUUAAUACAUUUUUUGGAAAGAAAGAGUAA